AUGCGACGGUCAUGUGAUUUCAGCAUGGCUGUAUUUGUGGAUUUACACCUGCGAGCAGUAACUUUUGGCUAUUCAGUUGUUGCCAUCAAUCAUGUUGUUGAAUUUAAGGAAAAGAAACAGGAAAUUGAAAAACCAGUAGCUAUUUCUGAACUCUUUACAACUUUGCCAAUUGUACAGGGAAAAUCAAGACCGAUCAAAGUUUUAACUAGGCUGACGAUUAUCGUUUUGGAUCCAUCUCACUGCAAUGUUUUGAGAGCAAUGUCUUCAAGGGUCUGGCUGUACGAUAUCAUUGCAGUUUUUCCAAAGACAGAAAAACUUUUUCAUGUUGCUUGUACACAUUUAGAUGUGGAUUUAGUCUGCAUAACUGUAACAGAGAAACUAUCAUUUUACUUCAAAAGACCCCCUAUUAAUGUGGCAAUUGACCGAGGCGUGGGCUUUGAACUCGUCUACAGCCCUGCUAUCAAAGAUUCCACAAUGAGAAGGUACACAAUUUCCAAUGCCCGCAAUUUGAUGCAGGUCUACAAAGGAAAGAAUCUGAUUCUAUCUAGUGCUGCAGAAAGGCCUUUAAAAAUAAGAGGCCCAUACGAUGUGGCAAACUUAGGACUGCUGUUUGGGCUCUCUGAAAGUGAUGCCAAGGCCGCCGUGUCCACCAACUGCCGAGCAGUGCUUCUACAUGGAGAAACUAGAAAAACUGCUUUUGGAAUUAUUUCCACAGUGAAGAAACCUCGGCCAUCAGAAGCAGAUGCUUCUCUUCCAGCUUGCAAGAAAGCCAAGUGUGAGGGCUGAAAAGAAUCCCCAGUCUCUGUCAACACUCCCUUCUUCCUUUUGAUAGUCCAUCAGCCACAAUAGAAAUAAAACCUUUAUGAUUUACUGUUUUCAAAAAAAAGAACAUAGCCUGAUUCAUAUUUAGGAUAGCAGAAGGGAAGGUGUGCCCAGUAGUCUAGGAUAAAAAAAAAAAGUGAUUCUCUAGUCUCCUUAUUCCAUGUGUGGUUACUCAUCCAGUAAACUUAUGUUCUUGGUAUUUUUUUUAAUUUCCUUAAGUGGACCAAGUAAGUGGCUUUUUGUUGGUUGUUUAAAGUUGUUAUUUUCUGUUCUUUCAGUGAAAGACAAGGAAAAUUAGGCCAUAGGGACGCAGAAGUUUAUUGAAUGCUAUCAGAAAUGCCUUCUCUCUUAAGCUGAAUAAUGGCCCACAAAGAUGCAUGUCCUAAUCCCACAACCCAUAAAUGUUUCUUUAUAUGGCACGAAAUAAUGAUUAAUUAAGGAUCUUGAGAUGGGAAGAUUAUCCUGCAUUAUCUGGG